AUGGCGUUCGGCUUCAGGGGCUGCUCCCAUCACCUGCUCUCCCUUCUCCUCGCUGUGCUUCUCCUUGGAGCCACCGCCGGUCAAGACGUUGUCAAACCAUUGGAGUACAAGUUCUGCUCGCUGGAACAGAUGGAGCAAGAGAAGCUGGCCAACUGCCCACUCGUGCCCGAUGAACCCAACUACCUCCGCCGCGUCAUCUUCACCAAGCAAGCCUCGGCUGAUGAACCGGUAUUGGUUGUGCUGUGCCCCCCGCGGUCCGUUGCCUGCUUCAGCUUGGAUGGGGAAGUCAACCUGUGGUACGCCGGCUGCUACCACUACCAGACCAUCGAGUGGAAGCAGACGGACGAGCAGCACUGCACCUGCCGCCGCUACCCGACCGUACGUGCCGACCUCGUCAAGAACUUCCACCACGUCCUCGUCGAGAUCGUCAAGUCCCCGAGGGACCUCCGGAUGUGCCCCCACCGCCAAGGACUGCUCGCCGGCGCCACCCCACUCGAGCAGCCGACCCGAUUCUCGUGGAAAGCCUGGUGCAGCGUGGGUGGCGUACCGUACGACGUGGACUCGGGCUGCCAAUAUCUGGCCGACAAACCCCCGGAAGGUGCGGCCAUCGCCGCCGAGGAGGUCAUCAAAAACGAGCCGAACUUGUGGCAUCACGUCUACUAUGGCUGCAACGCGACCCAGACGUUCUGCGCGGAGACCGAGCCGAACGGACUGCCCGGAUGCUACAACUCUAAUGACUUGAACGUCACCGGCUCACCGCCCGUCUGCAAGAUGUCGAACGCAAGCCUGGGGCUCACGUUGGAAACCGCGGCCAGCCAGGAGAUGAUGCUGCUCUACAAGGACCUCGGCCAGAGCCAGAAGCUCGCCAUUCGACCCGACGACACCCUGCAGUCCAAACGGACGCUGUACUGCUUGGCGACGGGCAAGGGAUUCGGGCCCGAGUGGCCACAUUGCGAAGUGGACUCGACCCCGCAUAAACGCGCCGAGCGCACCUUGUACUACGAAUAUGUGAAGCACGACCUCGACAAGUACAAGGUGUUUUAUGUCUGCCCGCUCCACUCGGUGCCCUGCCAAAACGGCGACACGAUCGCCUGCUACCCGGGCCUGGAGCGCGACAUGACCAAGCCGUUCGAGCUGGUAUGCAAGCCCGACGCGACGAAGAAGUCCAAGCCGCAGAAAAUCACCGAGUACCACGUCGCCGACUACCUGGCCAUCAAGAAGCGCAAAACCCAGAACGCACAACGUCAUCCUGAGCUG